ACAUCUCAUUUUGGGUUGUCAAAACAGAAAGCUUUCUUCAUCAAACCGAGUCAACGAUGAAGGAAAGAUUCGCAAAACGAACAAAACCCUAACAAUCCAAAAUCAACAACAACACGGAGUUCUGAUUCCAUUCAAUUCGAUUUCAAAUCGUCUCAUCUUCCUGAUCACAUUGCGUGUUUUCGAAGAUCUCUACUGCAUAAAUCAAGAGAAUGUAGCUGAGAGAGACUCGGUUACUGUUUGAUUGAUUGUAUGCGAUUGGAAAUAUAUAAAUUGCAGGAGUAUCAUGUAAGGAAGAUGUGUUUUGUGAGAGGAGAAAUUGAUUUGACCUAAUUUGCUUGUGAUACAAGUUUCGUAUGUGUUUUGUGAUGUUUUCGAUGAGAUUAGUGGAUUGCAUUUAAAUCUGGAAGUGUUUAAGCAGGGAUGGCUAUGGCAAACUCAAAGGGACCUUCAACAAUGAGAAGUAUGAUGUACAACGGAAAGCACUCAUUACUCCCCCCUAAAAGUCCAUUUCCCAGCACUGCUCCAUCGUACGCUGAUUACGUCUCAAAUUCCGCAAUUGGGCCAAAAGGACCACCGAAGUACAGAGAUGUAAAUCCACAUCAUCAACGUACUUCCUCUGAAAGCUUUCUGAUUGAAGAACAACCUUCUUGGCUUGAUGAUCUUCUUAACGAACCAGAAACACCACCUGUAAGAAGAGGACAUCGGCGAUCAUCAAGUGACUCUUUCACAUACAUGGAAGCUGCUAAUGCUGCUUACAAUGAAUAUCAAGCACAAACUGAAAACAGAUUGAGAAAUUUGACUUCUGCUCCUUCAUGGGGAUCUCAAGACUUUGAUUUAUAUAAAGAUUUUCGAAAUCCGGGGUCUUUCUAUGCUGAGCCAAACGCAAUGAUUAAAAGUAAGAACCGCGGGGCAUGGGAUUUACCACAAAAUGCUUCAAAACAUAACUUUGUUCAUCAAGCUUCUGUAUCUUUGAGUGCUUCACGAGAGGGUGAUGGGAAUACAUCCAUUGCAACUAAUAAGAAAGAAGCAGUUGAAUCUGCACGACAAGAUGCAGAUGCUUCUGAAAGAAAGGAUUCUUAUAGCAACAAGGGUUCUGUAUCAGAUACAGACACAAAACGUGCCAAACAGCAAUUUGCUCAACGUUCACGGGUGCGAAAGCUUCAGUACAUCGCUGAGCUGGAAAAGAAUGUACAGGCUUUACAGGCAGAAGGUUCUGAAGUUUCUGCUGAGGUGGAAUUUCUAAACCAACAAAGUCUUAUUCUGGGCAUGGAGAAUAAAGCGCUGAAACAACGGUUGGAUAAUUUGGCUCAGGAGCAACUUAUCAAGUACAUGGAGCAUGAAGUUCUAGAGAGAGAGCUAGGAAGACUGCGAGCUUUAUAUCAGCAACAGCAACAACCACCUCAGCCAAUCCGGCGUACUGCCAGCAAGGAUAAGCUCGAUGCUCAAUUCUCAAACCUAUCUUUGAAAAACAACUCUGGUUCUAUGAGUGAUGUUUCCGGUCCCCUUCACAUUUGAAUUCAAAUGUCAUCAUCCCAAUAGGAAAAAAUCACUUGCAGGCUUGACUAGGUUGUUUAGCUUCGGUAUCAAGUGGGGUGUUUUUAUGUUUCUAAAUUUAGUAUGUUGUUGUGCACCUGGUAGUCUGUUUCCCAGUUGGAGACUCACCCGAGGUGGUAACUGUAGAACGCGAUACAACAUAUCAUGUUCUUGCAUAUGCUUAUGCUCAUUGAUUAUCAACUCUUUUUUUUCAUCCUAGUAUUGUGCAAUGUUGUUGGUGUAA